AUGGCCCCUUCUCGACGUGGCAGCAUAAUCGCCACCUCAAGCGUGUGUGGUAGCAUAGGUGGCAUGGCUUCGCACGCUUACACGUGCUCGAAGCAUGGCGUUCUGGGGCUGGUGCGAAACGCUGCAGUGGAGCUUGGACCCUUGGGAAUACGCGUGAAUUGUGUGUCUCCUUACGCAGUUCCAACGCCGAUGAGUAGGAAGUUUCUGAACACUGAUGAUGAGGGGAUUGCUGCACUUUAUUCGAAUCUGAAAGGUGUUACUCUGAAACCCGAAGAUGUGGCUGAAGCUGUGGUUUACUUGGGGAGUGAUGAGUCGAGGUAUGUUAGUGGUCAUGAUCUCGUUGUGGAUGGAGGCUUCACUGUGGUGAAUGCUG